AUGUCAAGGUCCGCGACACCUGCGUUGCCUCUGCAUAAUGCACCAAACUCCGACUCUCCGCAACCCUCCUCCACAACCCCAUUAGGGGUCCGGCCAGAUGCGCCUUCAUCGGCUUCGACUUCGACAUACUCGUGGCUCGAACCUCAUGAAACCGCUGAAAGAUUACACACAUCUCUAUUGCAUGGCCUAACUCCUGCAGAGGCAGAGGUACGCCUCGCGCGGGAUGGCCCUAAUGAACUCCCCCAUGAAGAGCCAGAGCCCCUAUGGCUGCGAUUUGUGAAGCAGUUCAAAGAAACUCUCAUUCUCCUCCUGCUCUCCUCUGCCGGUAUAUCUUUUGUGAUGGGUAAUUACGAUGAUGCUGUGAGUAUCACUCUUGCAGUUACCAUUGUGGUCUCGGUCGGCUUUGUCCAGGAAUACCGUUCGGAGAAGUCCUUGGAGGCGUUGAACCGUCUUGUCCCGCAUUACGCCCACCUCAUCCGUGACCUUCCCUCCGCCGCAGCUGUGGUCGCAGAGCCACCCCUCGCUGGGGUAGAAUUGGAUGAAUUGAAGACCAAGAGCCCCGGCGCAGCAUCCGCUGCCAUCAAGGCAUCCACCACCGUCCCCGCGGCUGAUUUAGUACCUGGUGACCUGGUACUUUUCUCCACUGGUGACCGCAUCCCCGCCGAUAUACGAAUCACUGUCGCAACGGAUCUCACGAUUGACGAAUCGAACUUGACCGGUGAAAAUGAGCCCGUCGUCAAGUUCACUGCGGCGCUUCAUAGCCAUCAUCAUCACCAUCAUGGGAACCUCCAGGUUCCAAAGGCCAUCAGCCCUCCUCGCUCGCCAUUCUACGAUGCGCCCGCCACUGGCGCUGUCGGUGCCGAUGUUCGCCUCAAUGAGCAACACAACAUCGCAUUCAUGGGCACACUAGUCCGCUCUGGGUAUGGCCAGGGUAUCGUUAUAUCUACAGGUGCAAAGACGGAGUUUGGAAGCAUCUCAGCUUCUCUACAGGAGAUUGAGAGCCCUCGGACUCCUCUGCAGCUUUCUAUGGACCGCCUUGGUCAGGAGCUGAGCUAUAUUUCUUUCGGUGUCAUUGGCCUGAUCAUGGUUAUUGGCCUCUUGCAGGGGCGUAAGGUCCUCGAGAUGUUUACUAUCGGUGUUUCUCUCGCCGUUGCGGCUAUUCCCGAGGGUCUGCCUAUCAUUGUGACUGUCACUCUUGCACUUGGUGUACUUCGUAUGGCCAAGCGAGGGGCAAUCAUGCGUCGACUUCCUAGUGUUGAAACACUUGGCUCGGUCAAUGUUGUCUGUAGUGACAAGACUGGUACUCUGACUAUGAAUCACAUGACUGUUACCAAGAUGUGGCAUUUCGAUAGCGACGAGCCGUUUGAGGUUCAGCGGGACAUGACUUCGGUCUUGUCGCCUGGCCCUGCGGCGCGCACUAUUCUUCGCGUUGGAAAUAUUGCCAACAACGCUCGUCUUUCUCGAACCCACGCCAAUUCCCCGGCCAGUGCAUCCUCCGCAGCCGUUCUUUCGUCUACUCUCGACAGAAAUUCGACUGCCGUGAAGAGUCGCUGGGUCGGUCAGCCUACAGAUGUCGCUAUCCUUGACUUGUUGGACAUCCUGGGAGAAGAUGACGUCCGCGACCGGAUCAGUGCGCGUGUAUCUGAAACUCCAUUCAGUUCUGAGCGAAAGUGGAUGGGCGUUAUUAUCGGCACACAAAACCCCGGCGAUUCUGACGUUGCGUAUAUCAAGGGGGCCAUGGAACAGGUUUUGGCUCGUUCGGACACUUAUUUGACCAAGGAUGGCCGUGAAGUUAUUCUCGACGAGCCUCGCCGCAAGGUCAUCCGUGAAGCAGCAGAGCGGAUGGCAAGUGAGGGUCUCCGAGUCCUUGCUUUUGCCAGUGGUGCUGUUCGCAAUCCCUCUCGAGGCAUGAGAGGGUUUGGUAGUCGAUCUAGUACUCCUAGCUCCAAAUGCAGCAGCCCGGCUGAUGAUGAUGACCGCUACAAUGGAUUGACUUUUGCCGGCCUUGUCGGUAUGAACGACCCGCCUCGCAAGGAUGUGCACAAGUCUAUUCGUCGUCUGAUGGCGGGCGGAGUCAGAGUCAUCAUGAUCACUGGUGAUGCUGAGACCACAGCCGUCGCCAUUGCCAAGAAGCUUGGGAUGCCAGUCAGCGAUUCUGCAAACGCACGAUCGGUCAUACGUGGUGAUGAGAUUGAUCAUAUGAGUACUGGUGAGCUUGCCCAGGCCAUCGCAACCACCUCCAUCUUUGCCCGUACAAGCCCGGACCACAAGAUGAAGAUUGUGCGUGCGCUUCAGUCUCGUGGAGAUGUCGUCGCCAUGACUGGCGAUGGUGUCAAUGACGCACCGGCUCUGAAGAAGGCCGACAUUGGUAUUUCAAUGGGCAAACUUGGUACCGACGUUGCGAAGGAGGCCGCCGAUAUGAUUUUGACCGAUGACGACUUCUCAACCAUUCUCCGGGCCAUCGAGCAGGGCAAGGGUAUCUUCUAUAAUAUUCAAAACUUCAUCACCUUCCAGCUCAGUACCAGCGUGGCUGCUCUCAGUCUUGUGCUGCUGAGCACUACUCUCGGGUUCAAAAAUCCACUCAACGCCAUGCAAAUCUUGUGGAUUAACAUUCUGAUGGAUGGCCCACCUGCCCAGUCCCUUGGUGUUGAACCCGUUGAUCCUUCGAUCAUGAACCGCCCCCCACGUCCCAAGCACGCCCGCGUUCUUACUCGCCCUCUCAUCCAGCGAGUUCUUACCUCCGCCUUUGUCAUCAUGCUCGGCACACUCGCCAUCUACAUCCACGAGAUGGGCGAUGUGACCGACGGUCAACACAUCGGCAAGCGCUCCAGGGUUGUCACCGCUCAUGACACCACGAUGACCUUCACCUGCUUCGUCCUCUUCGAUAUGUUCAACGCGCUGACCUGCCGCAGCGAAGGCAAGUCCGUCCUGCGCGGUGAGCUGCCCCUCUUCGGCAAUAAAAUGUUCAACUACGCCGUACUGGGUUCGCUAGCCGGUCAAGCCUGCGUUAUUUACCUGCCCUUCCUCCAGCGCAUUUUCCAGACCGAGGCGCUUGGCUUUGGAUCACUAUUCAAGUUGGUCUGCCUUGCCAGCUCGGUUUUCUGGGUUGACGAGGGGCGCAAGUACCUUGAUGCACUCCGCCGCCGGCGCGGUCUGGGUGCUGGGUACAGUGUCAAUGUAUAA